AUGGCCGAUGAGCUUGGCUUUGACCAGCCAAACCGUAGAGCGCGUUUUGACUCGGCAGUCACGAAUACCCUCAAGGGUUUUUACGAUCGCGAGAAAAGCGGACAAAACGAUGCGUCGGAAGUCACUUGCGACGUAUUUCACGCUGUGGUAAUCUCUGAAAUGUACACGGCGCUUCAUCAAGGCCAAAUUCCCUGGCUGGACGAGAUGCAGGAGAUUAUCGCGGAUCCCAACGGAGCCAAGCAACCCUCACCUGAAUACCAGGCAUAUCGGAGCUCGCGCAUAAGACAAGAGCAAUCCAGGCAGAUGCUCAACGCUAUUCUCCCGUCCCGGCCCCAGCGUGCUUUGCCGAGCUCGACGUCAACCAGAGACGUGACUGCCCAGGGCCUGAGCUCCCAGUUGGAGAAGAAGCUGACCUUGACGGAAGGAACGCAGCCUGCUGCUGCUCCUUCAUCUAGCAAGGCGGAGGCCCAAGUGCCUACUACUGACUCGUCGUCCAGGAAGGAAAAGGCCAGAGUGCCUAUUGCUGACACUUCAUCCAGCAGGGAAAGGGCCCCCGCGCCUACUGCAGUCGUCAGAACGGCGGUGCCGCUGAUCCCACCGAAGCCUGCGGAAAAGCCAAAGUCGAUGAGCUGGGCUGAUUUGGCGGAGGAGGACGAGUUGGAACAGAAGGCACUAACUCAACCAGGCAUGGCCGAGAGCGCACAGAAGGGCAAAGCGACGGCCACGCAACCCGCGCCCAAGCCGAUCACCUCCACGGUUGCUUCUCAGAACAAAGCAACUGCCGCGCGACAGACAGCCAAGCCGACUGGUUCAACGGCUGCUCCCCGGGCAGCUGCUCAGAACCGUGGCCUGGAGGCGUCCUCGCAGGCUGUCCCCAAAAAGGUGUCUCCGUCAGGCACAGCACCCAACUUUCUGUGCGAGGAGCCCGAUGCCGCUGGUGAGGCGGCUCAACAGGCCAAGACGUCACAGCAGACCACCAUGGUCUACAAGGGCUUGGCGGCGUCCAGGCACGCACCACCUGCGACCGAUGCCAAACCCAAGAAGAUGAGCUUUGGGUUGCUGGAUCAACGGCAACAGCUGGCUUCAAAGCACAGCCAACAAAAGGCGGACCAAGAGUCCGUUUUGCAGCAGCAAAGUCUGCAAAAUCAACUCCGGCAGUACAAGAAACCGGACUUUACGCUCAGCUUCGGUGAACGGAGGAAGCUGUGGGCGCUGGCAACGCCAACCGUUUGCCGAACUCAUGGUCCCUUUGAGCUGACACUCCCAAGCGCGGAUUGGUGCUACAAGCAUUGCAUGGGCGACAGAGACAGAAUCAUCCACGAGUUCACCAAGAUACCCAAAUUCACAGGGUUGGUUGUCUAUUUCGAAGACGAUUUCACAAAGUUGAUUGUCGGACCACGGAAACAAAUCCCCCAUCAGUUCCGUCAGGCAACGGCAGACAGAAUGUGGGACUUGUGGGUGAAGUUGGCCAACUGGAUCAACCAAAACCCAGAGCUGACCAUGUCCAGAGGAUUGCAUUGGCAGCUGGACAAAGAAGCGGAAAAGCGGACAAUUGAAGCCAAUGCCAUAAUGGCUUCUACUACUGAUCGUCCGUCAGCAGCAGAAACUCGUCGUCAACAGUUCACACAAACUGUUGGAGCUCAAGACGAAGCCAAGGCAAGCCUCCAGAAGAGGGUGAACGAGAUAUGGGCCCAUCUGAGCCGCGAUACUAGUCGGCCAGUUGACGCGACCGAGGCCCAGACGGCGAUGACCCAGUUCCUCCAAAAGGAGCUGAGCUCGAAGUCCGUCUUGACUGCAGCUGAAAUCAAGGGGGAAGUUGAGUUCCAAUGGCGGAAUUGGAUGUGGAUGCAUGCCGAGAACAAAAGGCAAUGCGACGCUGCUGCCAAGCGCGAACAGGCCAAGGGCAAAGGCAAAGCUGGCACAUGA